AUGACUGAGGCAUUGAAUAGAUACUUUGCAUCGGUCUUCACAGUGGAGGAGACUAAUAACAUGCCUGUAAGUGAUGAAGAGACAAAUGUAGGAGAGAAUAUGGAAAGAAUUGUUAUUAAGCUAAUGGAGCUAAAGAUAGAGAGCACUUGCGAAGGCCGUGUGGAGGUUUAUUAUGACAGUGUUUGGGGGAGAGUGACUGACACUCAGUGGAAUUUCAAUGAAGCAGAAGUGGUGUGCAGACAGCUGAAAUGUGGCUCUGCAAUAAACAUUUACAACCAAUUGAAGUUUGGGAAAGGCACCGGACCGACCUGGAUCAGUAAUGUCAGGUGCAACGGAAGUGAACCCUUCCUUUGGAAUUCCAGUUUUACAAAAUCGGAGCAGUUAUCAAUUGGAGAUGACGUGGGAGUGGUGUGCUCUGAUCAUAUUCGGAUAAGAUUGGUGGAUGGUGGAAGUCGCUGUGCUGGAAGGGUGGAGCUUUAUUCCAGUGGAACCUGGGGAACUGUGUGUGAUGACUCCUGGGAUUUAGCAGAUGCCCAAGUUGCCUGUAACCAGCUGAAGUGCGGACAGGCUAUAAAUGCAACAAUUUCCAGUUGGUUUGGUCCAGGAGUGGGGCCUAUUUGGUUAGAUAAUGUGAACUGCAGCAUGAAUGAUUCUGUUGUAUGGGAAUGCCUGGCUGGGCCAUCGAGUGAGAGCAAUUGCAAUCAUAAAGAAGAUGCUGGAGUUAUCUGCUUUGAGUUACGGCUAACUGCAGGAUUUGAGAAUUGUUCUGGAAGAGUUAAAAUAUUCUUCAAAGGUUCAUGGGGAACAGUUUGUGAUGAUUCCUGGGAUAAGCAGGAUGCUGCUGUCGUCUGUCAGCAAUUAAAUUGUGGUGGCCCAAUUUGGACUGUGGGAGGAAUGAUAUUCGACCAAGGCCAGCAGAAACUCACAGCGACUUUCAACCAGACAAGACCCCCUACUUUAAUCAUCCCUUCCAUUCUUGUUAUUCUUUUGAUUGCUGUGUCACUUGCUUUGGCUGCAGAAUUACAGAGAAGCUUCCAGAAAGAUUUGUUUCCUCCAUCUGAUGCUGAACUUGAAAGGGAAUAUGAUGAAAUUCAAUAAUUUGAGAUGGAGUUGUGAGGACUUUCAUCUGAGCAAAAGUGUAAUUGAGGACAACAUUUACAACAAAGUAUCUUACAGUUUUACCCAUUU